AUGGCCCCCGUCAAUUUCACUCGGCCCCCGGAUCUCUCUGGCCGCACCCCCAUCUAUCGCCUCAGCAAGACCGCCCCUCCUCCGCCCACGCCCUCUCCCAGCCAGCCGAGUCCCUCGUCCGACCCUGUCGCAUGGCAGCCCCCUUACACCUCCCCCUAUACUGCUCCCCAGCCGCAGUCCCAGCCGCAGUCCACUCCCCACGAUGACAAGGAGAACCAGGUCGCCGAGUCGCCGCAGCAGACGCAGAGCUCACCCUUGACCAAACGUCGGGGCCGCAAACUGCAGGAGAACGAGAUCCUCAUCCUAGUCAACUGCUGCCUGGAGUUCCAGAGCUUGUACCACGGCAACCCGUCGCGGUUCUGGUACUGCGUCGCGACGAGCCUGAAGCGGCAGAUCAAGCGCAAUUUCUCAUGGCAGUCCUGUCGUCAGAUAGUCGAGGAGCUGGUGUCGGAGCGUCGGGAGCGCCGUCGUGAUGUCGCGGCGGGCAAGGUGAAGGAACAGCCGCUGACCGAGCUGGUACUUGCGACGGACAAGUGGAUUUCGUUUAGUGAUACUCUGGCUGGGUCCCCUGGUCUUGUAUCGCCGGCGCAGUCGUUGAAACGUCCUGGCGACGACGGGUCUCCUGCGACUGAUGCCAGCGCUGCGAAGCGACCGAAACAAUACGAGCAAUCAUCUCCUAUGCCACCUCCAAGUUCCCAACAACUGUCGCAGCCGGUCGCUCACUCUGUACCGGGACAUCCCAUACCGCCGAACGCCGUCGCAUCGAUCCCGAGCGGGCCGACGAGAUCAGAGUUCCAAACAUUGAAGGUGGAUAUUCAGAGCCUGCGGAUGGACGUGCAGAGCAUGCGGCGGGAGAUGGUGGAGGCCAGGCAGGAGAUGAAUACCCAGCUGGGCUUGAUCCUGCAGGCUAUACAGCAAGUCAAGCAGUCGGAUCCGAAGGAGGAAUGA